CUGGCGGAACAGCAGGGAUGCGUUUGGCGCAUGGAUGUACGGUUUGGCGUAAUUGAUUUGGCGUUAGGUUUAGUUUUCUCGGUGUCAUGGCUGCCAACAGUAACAGCUUCAUUCGCGUGCGCUUACACUUUGAUUACCCGCCGCCCGCUGUUGUUGAUUGCCGGAUGUGCUGGCUGCUCCUGGACUUGAAUACAUGUCGCGUGGUGGCGGAUCUGGAAAGUAUCAUCAGAGAGAAGUUUGAGUUCAGCCCAAGAAGCAUCCUAAACCUCUUCAUUGAGGACUGCUACUUGCCGCACACAGAGCACAUAUUUGUGGUGCGGGACAACGACAGUGUCAGGGUGAAGGUGGACUUUCUGGCUCCAGGCAAUGGGCACAGCAGCUGUCCAGAUACAUCAAGUAAAAACUGCAGAAAGAGACAGAGACCCACAGAGGAGGAUGGGCCAGGAGGAGAUAGAGUGAGCAUGGAAUGGAGAAAAAAGAGGAAAAAAAGGAACAAGGAGUGGGAAGCCAAGCAGACUUCGGAUGAUGAGAUGAAGAAGUCAAAAGAAAAGUGCACAGAGAAGAAGAGGAAGAAGGCAGAGAAAAAUAGUCCUGCUGUUACCCCUAAACCUGCGUCUACUAAAAAGACCCCAGCUAGUAUCAACCAGCCAGCUAAAGGCACCAAGAAACCCCCAGCAGCACAAACAAAAACACAUAGUGUCUCCUCUUCAGAUUCCAGUAGCAGCAGUAGUGAGGACGAUGAAGCUCCCAAGAAGCUACCUGCCCCAAAACCAGCACCCAAAACACCCUUGUCCACCCCUGCUGCUUCCAAGGCACCUCAAAACACCAAACCUAUCCAGACAAAACACCCUACCUCAUCAUCCUCUUCAGAAACGGACUGCUCCACUGAUGAGGCGCCCAGCGAAAAAAUCCCACCAAAAAACAAAUCUUUAACCUCGACAUCACCAAAAAAUAGAAUAGCUGAGAACUCAAAAUCUCAGCAGGCUUCCUCUGUUCUGCAGUCCACAAACUGUGCACAGAAACAGGGUAGCAGUAAAAGUAUCCCCCCUGAUGACAAAGUUGUGGAGCCUUGUAACACAGACAGCGAAGAGGAGAUUGAGCUGGUUAUUCGAAAACCAGUGCUGCAGCCAGGACAUGGUGUGGGUAGUCAGGCAUCUUGGAGAGGCAGCAGCCGAGGGAGAACCAGACGUGGUGGUCCUGGAGCUAGGGGCAGGGGCGAUGGUAGAGGGCACGCUGGCAGCUUUGAGUUCAGCCAUAAGGAGCCGUCCUACCAGACUGAUUCACUGGCCAAUAAAUCAGUAGUCUUCCAGAAUGGAGCAGAAAGUGCCCCCAAACUGGACUACAGCUCUAUGCCCCUGCUAGCUGCCCCUCCACAGGUGGGUCAGAGGAUUGCUUUCAAGCUGUUAGAGCUAGCUGAGAACUACACUCCAGAGAUAUCAGAAUAUAAGGAGGGGAAGAUUGUGAGCUUUGACCCAGUAACCAAACAGAUGGAGCUGGAACUACUUCAUGCUUCUCAAGCUCCUGUGGAGCCUGGGAAGUUUGACCUGGUUUAUCAGAACCCUGAUGGCUCGGAGAGAAUAGAGUACGCUGUGUGCAGAGGUGCUUGGGUGACAGAACGGUGGGACUCACUCCUUGAACCAAGGCUGGUCAUUUAAAUCUGACAGUGAAUUUGUACAUCCUGGUUUGGCAGGAUGUAUUUGCUUUUUAAAAUGAUUAAUAAUUUUAGGAUCCUUUAGCUUAUGCUCCAGUGCCUAAGUUAAGUUGGGAGUAACUUCUUCACAUGGUGGAGUAUGAGGAUUGAAUUGAAUUUUUAAAAAUAAUUGUUGCAUUUAAAUUGGGUGUUAAAGAUAAGAUUCUGUUAUUUUAAUAUGUAGAUGGAAUGAGUGUUUGUUUCCAGGACAUUGUUUUAUGUUUUGCACAGUGAUGUGACUGUUUAAAUCAAUCUUGAAUAAACUGGUUUUUAAUAAAA